UAAAAAUGAAUGCAGUAGAAGUAAUAGUCAACAUUGAACGAAGCGUUGAAAGCACGAAAGGCGCAUACAUACCAAAUUACCAAUAACCACAACACACUUCACAUCGACAUCGGGUGUCUCCUUCUAACACCCCCGUCGCCGGCAUGGCGCUCGCCAUUCUCCUCCUCCACCUCUCUCUCCUCCUAACACCCGCACUUGCCGUGGAGUUCCUAUUUAACUCCUUCGCCGGCGUCACCAACCUCACUCUCAUCAAAGACGCCCGCGUCGACGUCUCCGUCGUCCGCAUGACCAACGACUCCAACCAGUACUCCUACGGCCGAGCCUUCUACCCCACCAAGCUCCCCAUGAAAACCGCUUCUAAUUCCUCACGCAUUUCUUCAUUCUCCACCUCCUUCGUCUUCUCCAUCUUGCCGCAAAUCGCAACCAGCCCUGGCUUCGGCCUCGCUUUCCUCCUCUGCAACACCACCUCCCCUCCCGGCGCCCUCGCCAGCCAGUACUUUGGAUUAUUCACCAACGCCACUUCCCCCUCCGUUUUCCCUCUCCUCGCCGUCGAGUUCGACACCGGCCAGAACCCCGAGUUCAACGACAUCGACGACAACCACAUCGGCAUCGACCUCAACAACAUCGAGUCCAAAUUCGCAACCACCGCCGGCUACUACAACGCCUCCGGCGCCUUCGUGCCGGUGCGCAUGCGCACCGGCCAAAACAUCCACGCCUGGAUCGACUUCGACGGCGAGAAUCUCCAGUUCAACGUAACCAUCGCGCCAAUCGGCGUUUCGCGCCCGUCGAAGCCUACGCUUACGUAUCGCAACCCCGAGAUUGCUAACUACGUGUCUUCCGACAUGUACGUAGGGUUUUCGGCUUCGAAAACGAACUGGAUCGAGGCGCAGAGAGUCCUGGCGUGGAGCUUCAGCGAUUCAGGACCGGCGAGGGAGCUGAACACGACGAAUUUACCGGUGUUCGAGCUAGAAUCGUCGUCUUCCUGGCUUUCAAACGGAGCAAUAGCGGGAAUCGUUAUCGGAUGUUUGGCGUUUGUGGUUAUAUGCGCUUCUGGUUUUUACCUGUGGUGGCGAAAGCAGAAAGGGAGAGAGGAAGAAGACGAUGAGAUGGAGGAUUGGGAGUUGGAGUACUGGCCGCAUAGAUUUUCGUACGAGGAAUUAAGUUUAGCGACGGGUGAGUUCGGGAAGGAGAAAUUGCUAGGUUCGGGAGGGUUUGGGAGAGUGUACAGAGGGGUUUUGGCGAACCACACGCAAGUUGCGGUGAAGUGUGUGAACCACGAUUCGAAGCAAGGGUUGCGUGAGUUCAUGGCGGAGAUAUCCAGUAUGGGGAGGCUGCAGCAUAAGAAUUUAGUCCAAAUGCGAGGGUGGUGUAGAAAGGGGAAUGAGCUUAUGCUGGUUUAUGAUUUCAUGCCGAAUGGGAGUCUGAACAAGUGGGUGUUCGACCGCCCCGAGAAGCUUCUAGGGUGGGAGCAACGGCGUCGUAUCCUUGUCGACGUGGCAGAGGGGCUUAACUACCUUCACCACGGUUGGGAUCAGGUUGUUAUUCAUAGGGAUAUAAAAUCCAGCAACAUUUUGUUGGACGCCGACAUGAGGGGAAGAGUCGGGGAUUUCGGUUUGGCCAAGCUUUACACGCACGGGGAGGUUCCCAACACCACACGCGUGGUCGGGACGUUGGGCUACUUGGCGCCGGAGUUGGCCACCAUUGCGGCGCCCACUUCGGCCAGUGACGUCUACAGUUUCGGGGUGGUGCUGCUGGAGGUUGCGUGCGGGAGGCGCCCGAUAGAGACGUCGGUGGUGGAGGAGGAGGUGGUGCUCAUUGAUUGGGUGAGGGAGUUGUACGCGAAGGGGUGCGCGCGUGAGGCUGCGGAUGCCAGGAUUAGUGGGGAGUACGAUGAAGGAGAUAUGGAGAUGGUGUUGAAGCUUGGCUUGGCUUGUUGCCACCCUGACCCGCUGAGGAGACCCACCAUGAAGGAAGUCGUCGCGGUUCUCCUAGGAGAGAACCCACCGGAGGCCCCCGGAAAAGUUCUCUCCGAUUUGGUUCGCUGCGGCGGGGAACCCGAUGAGGCGGCGCCUUUGCAACCCUCCGCUCGGGUUUGAGUUUUUGACUUGUACAUGAUUUGACUUUUCUUCUUUUUUUACCUCUUUUUUAAUUUUUUUCGUUGAGCUUCUUGUGAUUGGAUUUUGCUACAUUAAUUAUGGUUUGAUUUGUAUUUACUUGUUUUGUUUUCACUUAACUUAUUGGAUUAGUUAUACUUUCAAUCAA